AUGGUGAUCUCUGUUGAAGAGAGAACAUCCGAUAAAGAAACGAAAUGUAAAGCUUUAAAUAAUAGAUUCAAAGAUGCUAGAUUUGAAAGAAUCAUAUUUACUAUUCAUCCAUAUGGUUUGCCAAAUGAAGUUCCAGGAAAAUGUUCGAAUUCAAAUUAUGGUCUUCGAAUAGCUUCUAGUCAAAUGGCUUUCGCUCUUAGCGAUAUGGAAAAUAUUCUUGUGACAACAUGUGAUGUUGAUUCGAAAUUUCCACCAAAUUAUACUGCAGCAUUGACUUUGAAAUAUCAACAAGAGAAUAAACCAGCAUUAAGUACGAUAUAUCAGCGCCUUUGUUUUACAAUUGAAAAUUGGAUGGUUUAUCAUUUUUAA